AUGGGUAGUACUAGGAGUAUCUUUGCGCUCUUGUGCACCGUGACCGUGGCUCUGCUGUUUCUCCUUCCGCCCAGUGCCCAUGCGGAGCUGACGGGCACAGAUGGCGUCGUAGCGAAGUCCGCCGGGUCGAUGGGAGCCACCACACGGCCGAGAAGCAUCUCUGAAGUAGGCCAAGCAAAGCUUCGCGGGCGUCGCUUGGGCCGCCAUCACGACGACGACGACGACGACGACGAUGACGACUUAGACUGCAAGGACGACGACGACGACGACGACGACGACAAGUACGACAAGAAGUACGACGACAAGAAGUACGACGACAAGAAGUACGACGACAAGAAGUACGACGACAAGAAGUACGACGACAAGAAGUACGACGACAAUCACGGCGACAACAAAUACGACGACAAUCACGGGGACAACAAUUACAACAACAAGUACAGCGGCAAUCACGGCGACAACAAUUACAACAACAACUACAACGACAAUCACUACGACAACAAAUACGACAGCAAGUAUGAGAAGAUGAGCUGCUCCGAGAAGUACAAGAUGCGCUCCGAUAAGUGCAGCCACAAGCGCGAGCGAUGCGGUGGGGACGAGUACUGCGGCGCGACGAACGACGCAUGCGAGAGGAGGGCGUACUUGCUGUACGAUAAGUGCAAGCGCGGCAAGUGGACGUGCGAGAACUGGUGCGACUAUAACAGACUCAAGUGCGUGGAAGACUACCACAAGAGCAGCAGCACUUGUCAGGGUCGCGUCGAGUAUUGCUACGACAAGUGCAAGGGCAACGACAACUAUCACAAGGAUUAUAACCACAGUGACAACAAGUAUGAUGAUCACCACGACAGCAAGUACAACAAGAAAUACGAUGAUGACCACCAUGACGAUGACGAUCACCAUGAUGACGACGAUCAUCACGAUGAUGAUGAUCAUCAUAAUGAUGAUGAUCACCACAACAAGUACUACAACAAUCAUGGCAAGUACUAG